AUGUCUGCGUCCAUCUUCUUCAUCCUUUUCUUCACUUCAAUCUUUCUUGACAUAGAGGCCUCAAAUGGAAACUGCACACAUGGGACACCCGAUAUUCGAUUUCCUUUUCAAUUAAGAGGGCAUCAGCGUCAACACUGCGGUCACACUGGUUAUGAGCUUGACUGCAAGAACGGAACAACCAUAAUUCACUUCCCAUCCUAUGAUGAUUUGGUAGUGAAAUCCAUCUCUUAUGAUAUCAAAAAACUCGAUCUUAAUAACCCGAAGAAUUGUGUCCCUGAAGUUUAUCUUAACCUCAAUCUCUCCCUUACUCCAUUUCAGUAUUACCAUGCUGUGAAAGAGUACUCAUAUCUCAAUUGUUCAGUUAGGAUUUCACCUCCUUUGAUAGAAGUCCCCUGCUUAAGUGGCUCUGACUAUCACGUUUACACUGUGGACCUUUCUUUAGCUGUCCCAGAUUCUUGCAGUCUUAUUGUGAGGCAAAACAAGGCCAGAGUUCAUUGCAUCCUAAAAGAGAACAGCAAACCUAAUGUUUCACUAUGGCACACGCUAAAGGAUAUCAAACUUUAUCAUCCACAACCACGAAACGCCAAGUUAUCGAGUGGGAUUUAUCGGGAGGUAAAUGCCAAUGUGAGAGUUGCUAUAAUUGGUCUUAUUAAUAAGGAACGUGAGGGGGAGCAAAUUGACAAAGCACUAUUGAAGAAUGUGAUGGACAUAUUUGUUGAAAUUGGAAAGGGACAAAUGGAAGCUUAUGAAGAGGACUUUGAAGCACAUAUGCUAAUAGAUACCAGCGAAUACUAUUCGCGCAAAGCAUCAAGUUGGAUUCUUGAAAAUCCUUAUACAGAUUACAUAUCGAAGGCCGAUGAAUGCCUGAGAAGGGAGAGGGAUAGAGAUUCACAUUACCUGCAUUCAAGCAGUGAGAAGAAGCUGGUGGAGAAAGUGCAGCAUGAGUUGGUGGUGGUUUAUGCAACUCAACUGCUUGAAGAGGAGCAUUCUGACUCUGGAUGUAGUGGUUUUCCUAGAGACAUUAAUGUGGAGGAUCUUUUUAUAUAA